AGUGGAUGACCUCAACGAUGCUCUCCGAUGGUACUUUUUUGGAGAUUUUGUUGUGCGAUCGUAUCAAAUUUCUUUGGUUCUGUUCCAUAUAGAAACAGAUAGUGACUUAUCUGAAAUUGCCUUCCUUCUCUCAACUCUGUUAAUGUUUCUUGUUCAAGUUUUCUAUAUGUAUUUUCAUGCCAAUGAACUUAUACUGAAGAGUAAAGAUAUCGGAUCCUGUGUUUAUAAAAGCAAUUGGUAUGAACAAUCGCCUUCAGUGAAAAGUACCUUAUUUAUAACUAUGAUCCGGACGAACAAGCCACUGUGUCUGCAUAUUGGAAAUAUGGAUGUCAUGAGUAAUGUUGUCCUAAUAAAGAUCAUGAAAGCUGGAUACACUUAUAUUCUACUGGCAAACAAAUGAAAAAUUGUGUUCAUAGUUGAAUGUCACUCACAAAUUAGAGAAUACUGAAUAAAUUUGC